AAAACCUGACUAUUCGGAAGCCUUGACGAUGGGACGUCUUUAUGCGUUAUCCAGGCUGUGGGGCGGGCUCCGGAGAAGUGGCCUGAGCAGAAGCUUAGUAGCAGACGGACACUAGAAGUAGUUAUAGUUGCUGUUUCCCAGUCUAGAAACAAACAUCUGGAUCCCCCGCCCCUAAAAAUCAUUCUGGAAGAGGCAGUCACUGGAGGGACCCCCGAAGUCUUAGCAACUCCAUCGCUGAACCUAUUUUUUUUUUUUCCUGGUUUAUCCUGCUUCUGGGGCGGAAGAAUUCAUUGGCAGCUCCAUGAAAUCCUCCUGGAUGUGGUGAACUGUGUAGAGAGGUAUCCUAUUUUUUAAACUGGAUGAAUAUGAAUUCACAACAGAGAAUGGCAGUGGGCACAGACAAGGAAUUAAGUGACCUUCUGGAUUUUAGCAUGAUGUUUCCAUUGCCCGUGGCUAAUGGUAAGAGCAGACCUACAACACUGGCCAGCACUCCUUUUGGUGGAUCAGGGAUGGAAGAACGUACUGGUUCUGGCUCUUGGGCAACAAGUGACCAUAAUGGAUCCACAUUUGACCAGAGCAGAGGCUACGGUGACACUGGUCAUUAUGGGGAACACAGGGAUCUACCCUCACAUGAAGGCAAUUUAUCAUCAACAUCCUUCCUUUCAUCAGGACUUGUUGGUAAAAAUGAGCGACCAUCAUACUCUACAUUUGGCAGAGAUCCCGGAAUGCCUGGAAUAAACCAGCCUGGAUUUUUGCCUGGUGAUUUGAGCAUGAAUAGCCCCAACGCACUUUCACCCAGUGGAGGAAAAGGGGCCUCACAUUACUAUCCAUACCCACCCAGCUCGCGGCGGCGGCCAGGAGAAGCAAAUCUUGAUGUUCAGCCUAAGAAAGUUCGAAAGGUGCCCCCAGGACUUCCGUCAUCUGUAUACCCUGCUAAUUCAGGUGAUGAAUACAAUGGAGACCGUGGAAAUUACACUUCAAAGCCAGGUAACUCUGUUUACCCUGGUACAUUCUACAUGGCAGAUGGGCUUCAUAAUUCAUCAGAUAUCUGGACUCCUUCUGGUGGAAUUGGACAGGGCAGUUACAAUUCCAUUUUAGGUGGCUCUCAAUCUUCUAUUUCACAGCCCUCAGGCUUCAGUGGCUUGCACCCUCAUGAGCGAAUGGGUUUCCAGAUGCAUUCCAGUGAGGUGAACCCUGCAGUUUCCUCAAGUUUUCCUUCUGCUUCUGCACAGUAUGGAGUCUCAAGUCACACACCUCCCAUAAGUAGUGGGGAUACCAUCAUAGGCAACAGAGGCACUGCUACUGGGAGCUCAGGGGAUGCACUAGGAAAAGCAUUGGCUUCUAUUUAUUCUCCAGAUCAUUCCAGUGCAAACUUUUCCUCUAGCCCCUCUACACCUGUGGGGUCACCUCAGGGGCUAACAGGAACAGGACAAUGGCCGAGAGGUACUGGCCCAGGAGCACUGUCACCCAGUUAUGAGGGAACAUUACACACAUUACAGAACAAAAUGGAAGAUCGUCUUGAUGAAGCCAUACAUGUAUUAAGGAGUCAUGCGGUGGGGCAGACAAGUGCACUCACUGGAAACCAUGAAGAUUUACAUGCACUCUUGGGAACAGCUGCAGGAGUACUUGGAGCUAACUUUCCUGCUGCAGUUCUCUCCUUGGCAAAUCGACACACUAUGGUGACACCACAAACAGAGGAUGGCCUACCAAAUGCUACAAAUUUACUUCACAACCCUGUUUCCCUUUCAACGCAGCCUGGAUCUCUGUCUGACUUGACAAGACAAACAGACUCUUUUACUGGAAUCCCAGGGCUUGGCAGGACAGUUGUGUCAACUGGCCUACCAGACAUAAAAAGGGAAAAUAAAGAGGACGAGGAAAAUAGGUCAGUGGCUGAACUAUCAGAUGAUGAGAAGAAGGAAUCUAAACCUCAAAGAAGUCGGACACGCUGCUCCGUAAACAGUCAAGAUGAUGAUGAAGAUGAUGAGGAUGAUGAUAACCUUCCCCCAGAGCAAAAAGCUGAGCGUGAAAAGGAAAGGCGAGUGGCCAAUAAUGCCAGAGAACGUCUUCGUGUGCGGGAUAUUAAUGAGGCAUUUAAAGAGCUGGGACGGAUGUGCCAGCUGCACCUUAACAGUGAGAAGCCACAAACCAAGCUCUUGAUACUGCACCAGGCGGUGUCGGUCAUCCUUAGUUUGGAGCAACAAGUGCGAGAGCGAAAUUUAAACCCGAAGGCUGCUUGUCUGAAGAGGCGUGAGGAAGAAAAAGUGUCUGGUGUAGAUCCACAGAUGGGCCUGCCUGGAGGUCUGCCUGGUCUUGGAGACUCUCACAACCCAGUGGGCCAUAUGUGAAUUUCAAGUUUGCUGGAAUUUUUACAUCAUACGUUGGGUUAUUUUUAUAUAUAUAAUUCUAAUUUUUUAAAGGUUUUACAAUUUUUGUUUGGGAAAAAACACAAACUUUGAGACAUGGAAUUCUUUGUGGCCUUCACUAUAUUUUCCUGAGAAAUGGACUCUAAUGACUGAGUUUUACAGUGGAAAGAGAGAAAAAAAAGAAUAAAAUGACUUGGAUUGACAUCUCGACUUUGGACUUGUGCUUAAAGAGAGGUCAUGAGGAAUUUGCCUUAACUGAAGAAAAAAAAACUUAUUUAAGUGGUGGAAGUUGUAGAAAGUUUCCCCAGAUGUUAUCCACCCCUGCUCUGCUGGAAGUAUUUCCCAACCUUGUGCCUACAUGACAAAAACAAGAGACUUUUUUUUUUUUUUUUUUUUU